AUGGCCACGAUCAAGGGUGGGAGACCUAAAGGAAAAACUCAUGUCAAAGAGCAAUGGACCACUGAGGAAGAUAGGCUUCUGAAAAACUUUGUCAAAAAAUAUGGACAAAGAAAAUGGGCCUUUAUCGCACAGAGGAUGGUGGGAAGAACGGGGAAACAAUGCCGUGAAAGAUGGCAUAAUCAUUUACGAGAACACAUCAAGAGAGACGCAUGGGACGAUGAUGAAGAAAGGAUGUUAGUGGCUGCGCACGAGCAAUAUGGAAAUCGCUGGAAAGAAAUUGCCAAGAAAAUUCCAGGAAGAACUGAGAAUUCGAUCAAAAACCAUUGGAAUGCUGCCAAAAGGAGAAGAAUUUCGAAAAUUAAAAAUAAGAAGAAUGGUGAACUUGAGGUUGGAAAGCAACCAUCUAUUUUACAAGAUUAUAUGAAAAACAAAUAUCAAUGUGACACCACCACCACAACCACCACCACCGUCACCACCACCGCUCCUUCAGUGUCGCUUAGCUCGGCGUCUACAUCCAUGUCUGUCGACGUAGAAAACUAUGACCACAACCAAUAUUGCUCCGGUGACGAUAUCUUGAAUGUUGGACUUUUGGGUUUGUUUUACUUUAUGUUUUUGUUUCCUUAUUAG